AUGAUAGAUACAAAUGGUAACCGCGCCGCACAACCUUCAAAGUCAGCUGCUAAGUCGAAAUCUUUUCACGCGUCAUUAGAGAAGGAAAAGGAGAAGAAGUCAAAAGCUAAACAAGAGUGUCCGAUGUGUCAUGAAAUUCAUUAUCUUAACCAGUGCAAGCGUUUUAGCCUUAUGACACCUAAGCAAAGACAAGACUUUGUUCAAACUAGCAAAUUGUGUUUUAAUUAUCUGGCACCAACUCAUGCGGUUGUUAAGUGUCGUCAGUCGUUCAGCUGCAAGAAAUGUGGGAGAAGACAUCACACGAUGCUACACUUUGAGAGAGAGAACCAGGAGCCAGCCAGUAACCUGGAACAGGCAGCCGCAGUGUCGUCGAGUGAACCACAACAGGAGAGGGCGAAUACGACGCGAGGUGACACACACAUAACUACUGCAUUUUCUAGAGGAGAGCUACAACCCGACUGCGUGCUACUUGCGACGGCGAAGGUUAAGGUAUUCCAUUCUAAUGGUUUUAAAUACAUAAUUCGCGCUUUACUUGAUCAGGGGUCACAAGCAUCUUUUGUGUCUGAGUCAACUGUGCAGUUAUUGGGUCUUGUACGUAAACCGGUAAGUGGCUGGGUGUCAGGUCUGGGGAAUGGUCGUAUGAAGAUAAAAAACACGGUUACACUUCGCUUGGAAUCACGUUAUAAUACAACUAGUUACAUCCUAGUUAAUGCUUAUGUGUUGCAUUCAUUAACGUCACUGCUUCCUUCUACCAACGUGAGUCUAGUUUCUAAAUGGUUAGAAAUUGAUAAGCUUCCUUUAGCGGAUCCUACAUACUCGACGCCAGGUAAGAUUGAUAUUCUGUUAGGUGCAGAGGUUUAUAGCGAAAUAUUACUCGAUGGCGUUAUGAAGCAUCCUGCUUGUAAUUUAAUAGCACAAAACACAGUAUUUGGAUGGAUUUUGUCAGGAAGAAUGUCAAAGGGAGAUCGAACGUUGGCAAAGGAUAAUCUCAUUAGCAGGCACAUACAUAUGAAAGAGGAUGAGUUACUUAAAAGGUUUUGGGAAAUGGAAAAUGAGCCUAAUUUAAUAAAGAAAGAGAUGACUAAUAGCGAGAAAGUAUGUGAAGAUUUGUUUGAUUCAACUACAGUGAGAGAUGACGAAGGGAGAUUUAUAGUGAGAUUGCCUUUUGCAACGGACGAUCCUAAGUGUCAAUAUGGUAAAACAGAAGUGAGAGCAGUGAAUAGGUUAGAAAGGUUAGAGAGAAAGUUAUCGAAAGAUUUAAAAUUGAGAGAAGAAUAUAAUAAGGUUAUGAGUGAGUACUUGAGUAUGAAUCACAUGAGAAUGGUUUCUGAGAGUGAGUUGCAGAAAUCAAAGGCUGUCUAUCUUCCUCACCACGCUGUGGUGAGUGAAGAUAAAGACACUACCAAGGUGAGAGUCGUCUUUGACGCUUCAAGCAAAGGUGACAACGGUGUAUCACUAAAUGACGAGCUUCUUGUUGGGCCAAGGUUACAACAAGAUUUAAGGCACAUCUUGAUGAGAUGGCGUCAUCAUAAAAUCUGUAUCGUAGCCGAUAUUGUCAAAAUGUAUCGAAUGGUGAGAGUGGCGGGCAAGGACACAGAUUUUCAGAGAAUUGUCUGGAGAUUCGACCCGUCCGAGCCUAUACAACCGGUCAAGGUAUUGCACAGACUUGCUGAGUUAGAACAGAAAAGGUAUCCAUUAGCAGCGGCAAUAACAAAACAGGGCUACUAUAUGGAUGAUUUGAUGACUGGUUCUGAUACGGUUAGUGAGGCAAUCAAAAUUUAUGAGGAGAUGAAUGAGUUAAUGAGGAGUGCAGGUUUUGAGUUACAGAAAUGGAACAGUAAUAAUGAAAGGUUUUUAGAACAGAUUGGAAAAAUUGAGACAAGUGAAAGGCAAAUUAUUAAAUUAAAUGAUUUAAUCAAGGUGUUAGGAUUGAGUUGGAAUAGGAAGAAUGAUAAUUUUGAAUACGUAGUAGACUUACCUGAACCUAAGGAUUUAGUCACUAAAAGACAAGUAUUAUCGGAAGUAGCGAGAUUGUAUGACCCAUUAGGUUGGAUUUCUCCAGUGGUAGUUAAUGCUAAGAUUUUAAUUCAGAAACUGUGGAGUGGGUGUGUGGAGUGGGAUGAAAGUUUGACGGACGAAUUACAUGAUGAAUGGCUAAAAUACAGACAAGAGUUAGUGGAUUUGAAGAAUCUCAAAAUACCUAGAUGGUUAAAUUUUACACAAGAGUGCAAGAGAGAGUUACAUGUAUUUUCAGAUUCUUCAAAAACAGCCUUUGCGGCAGCAGUUUACACACGAGUGAUUGAUAGAUCGAAUAGAGUGUACGUACAUUUACUGGCCGCGAAGACACGAGUUGCCCCGAUCGUCAAAGAAAUUUCUAUACCCCGACUUGAAUUGUGUGGUGCCACUUUAGCAGCCAAGCUUAUUUGUGAAGUAUCACAAGUUUUAGAUAUUCCUAAGAAACAUCUCUAUGGAUGGACCGACUCCACCAUAGUGUUAGCAUGGCUCCAAGGAGGAUCAAGUCGAUGGGCUACAUUUGUUAGCAACAGAGUGUCCACUAUAUUGAAUAUAAUGGAUUACCAGCAGUGGAGUCAUGUCUCUUCCGAGACAAACCCCGCGGAUUGUGCUUCGCGUGGUCUGUCACCCAAAGACUUGAGAGAGCAUACGUUGUGGUGGAGAGGGCCGCAAUGGUUAUCAGAAGCUACUGUAAAAACAGAGAGCAUACAAGUCGACACACAUGAAGAGGAACGAAUCAAGUCUUUAACCGUUUUAUCUAACAUUGAGGAAAAUUUUAUUUGGUCAAAAUAUUCAUCUUUGAAUAAACUAUUAAAAAUUGUUUCCUAUUGUAGACGAGUUUUAAAUUAUAAAUUAAAGAAAGAUAAUAGACCUAAAUUACCUAAAUAUAUCACAUCAAGUGAAAUGAACGAAACCUUAUUAGGAUGCAUUAAACAAGUUCAGGAGCGCGAGUUUUUAUUUGAGAUAAAACAGUUAAAUACUGAAGGAUGUGUGCCUAAAAAGAGUAAAUUACGAUCUCUUUGUCCCUUUUUGGACCAAAAAGGGAUAUUAAGAGUAAGUGGACGCAUAGCACAAUCGGACGCGUGCUAUGACAUGAAGCACCCGAUAAUUAUGCCUGGUAAACAUCAUUUUACCAAGGUUUUAAUUGCGGAUGGUCAUGCCAAAACAUUGCACGGUGGCCCACAGGCUAUGUUAAACUUAAUAAGAACCAAGUACUGGAUCUUACGUGCUAAGGAACGUGUUAAAAAUAUUUUAGAGAAUGCACUAUUUGUAUGA